AUGCCAAUAGGAAAAGGCUACCGGGAGCCAGCCAUGUUCAACAUGGGGGCUCCAUCUGCCCUUUUCUUUGUCAACCACGUGUGCAGUAAAGGAACAGGCAACAUGGCCCUGGCCAGUGAUGAUGAAGACAGUGAUGGUAAUGAUGGGAAUAGUGAUAAUGAUGAUGGUGGUGACAAUAGUGAUGAUGAAGACAGUGAUGGUAAUGAUGGGAAUAGUGAUAAUGAUGAUGGUGGUGACAAUAGUGAUGAUGAAGACAGUGAUGGUAGUGAUGGGAAUAGUGAUAAUGAUGGUGGUGGUGACAAUAGUGAUGAUGAAGACAGUGAUGGUAAUGAUGGGAAUAGUGAUAAUGAUGAUGGUGGUGACAAUAGUGAUGAUGAAGACAGUGAUGGUAAUGAUGGGAAUAGUGAUAAUGAUGAUGGUGGUGACAAUAGUGAUGAUGAAGACAGUGAUGGUAAUGAUGGGAAUAGUGAUAAUGAUGAUGGUGGUGACAAUAGUGAUGAUGAAGACAGUGAUGGUAAUGAUGGGAAUAGUGAUAAUGAUGAUGGUGGUGACAAUAGUGAUGAUGAAGACAGUGAUGGUAAUGAUGGGAAUAGUGAUAAUGAUGAUGGUGGUGACAAUAGUGAUGAUGAAGACAGUGAUGGUAAUGAUGGGAAUAGUGAUAAUGAUGAUGGUGGUGACAAUAGUGAUGAUGAAGACAGUGAUGCAAUUUUGCGGGUUGAGCCCAAAAGGGUUUUAUUUUUUUGGUGGUUCAUGGCGUUUUUCUUUUUUCUCUUCACAGGGUGUUGUGUUAUGCACAUCUGGGAAAUGCACACAGGACCCACACUGAAACCAACAACAAAAAAUGCAAAUAAAUGUAGAGAGACUACCGCGUGCCCAGCUUAUGCCACCUGCACCAGCAGCAUGGACAGUUACUACUGUACUUGCAAACAAGGCUUCCUGUCUAGCAACGGACAAAGACACUUCAAGGGUCCAGGAGUGGAAUGCAAAGAUAUUGAUGAAUGUUCUCAAAGCCCCCAGCCCUGUGGUCCUAACUCAGUCUGCAAAAACCUGUUGGGGAGAUACAAGUGCAGCUGUUUUCAUGGUUUCUCUUCUCCCACUGGAAAUGGCUGGAUCUCAGGAAAGCCAGGCAAUUUCUCCUGUACUGACAUCAAUGAGUGCCUCACCAACGGGAUCUGCCCUGAGCAUUCUGACUGCGUCAACUUUAUGGGAGGCUACCUUUGCAACUGUCAAGUCGGAUUCAUCUCUAGAAACUCCAGCUGUGAAGAUGUGGAUGAAUGUGUCAAUCCAGGAGCUUGCCCGGAGCAUGCAACUUGUCACAACACUGUUGGAGCCUACACUUGUCUCUGCAACCCAGGAUUUGAAUCCAGCAGUGGCCACUUGAGUUUUCAGGGUCUCAGAGAAUUGUGUGAAGAUAUUGAUGAAUGCAUUGAAAUGUGCCCCAUCAAUUCAACAUGCACCAACACUCCUGGGAGCUACUUUUGCACCUGCCACCCUGGCUUUGCACCAAGCAAUGGACAGCUGAAUUUCACAGACCAAGAAGUGGAAUGUAGAGAUAUUGAUGAGUGCCUCCAAGAUCCAUCAACGUGUGGUCUAAAUUCUGUCUGCACCAAUGCCCUGGGCUCCUACAACUGUAGCUGCAUUGCAGGCUUUCAUCCCAAUCCAGAAGGCUCCCAGAAAGAUGGCAACUUCAGCUGCCAAAGGGUGCCCUUCAAAUGUAAGGAAGAUAUGAUACCCAAUAAUGUGCUGGCCCAGCAAUGCCAAGAGGGAACCACAAUGAAACCUGAAUAUGUUUCGUUUUGUGCACUAAUAAAUGCCAUGUACAACAUUCUGGACGAUGUGUGUGAAAAUCAAACGACUGUCGUUUCCAUGAAGAGUAUGGCUGAGAGCUUUGUUCCUGUGCUUGAACAAAUGUCCACAUGGACCAACUUCACCAAGAAAGAGACAUCCUCCCUGGCCACAGUCUUCCUGGAGAGUGUGGAAAGCACAACGCUGGCAGCUUUUUUGAGACCCUCAGAGAAUGCCACUCGGACUGUCCAGACGGAAUACUUAGACAUCGAGAGCAAAGUUAUUGACAAAGAAUGCAGUGAAGAGAAUGUGAUUUUGAGUUUGGCAGCUAAAAGGGAUAGGAUGAAGAUCGGGUGUUCCACAAUUGAGGAAUCUGAAUCCAGAGGGACCACUGGCGUGGCUUUUGUCUCCUUUGUGGGCGUGGAGUCCGUUUUAGAUGAGCGCUUCUUCCACAACCCCCAGACUCCCUUGGCCAACUCUGAGGUGAAACUGAAGAUGAAUUCUCGAGUUGUUGGGGGCAUCAUGACUGGGGAGAAGAAAGAUGAUUUCUCAGAUCCAGUCAUCUACACUCUGGAGAACAUUCAGCCAAAGCAGAAGUUUGAGAGGCCCAUCUGCGUUUCCUGGAGGACAGAUGUGGAGGGUGGGAGAUGGACACCCUCUGGCUGUGUGGUCCUGGAAGCUUCUGAGGUGCAUACCAUCUGCAGCUGCAAUCACUUGGCAAAUCUUGCCAUUAUCAUGGCGUCUGGGGAGCUCACGAUGGAGUUCUCCUUGUACGUCAUUAGCCACGUGGGCAUCAUCAUCUCCUUGGUGUGCCUCAUCUUGGCCAUCACCACCUUUCUGCUGUGUCGCUCCAUCCGAAAUCACAACACCUACCUCCACCUGCACCUCUGCGUGUGCCUCCUCUUGGCCAAGACUCUCUUCCUCGCCGAUAUAGACAAGACUGACAACCAGAUGGGCUGCGCCAUCAUCGCGGGGUUCCUGCACUACCUUUUCCUUGCUUGCUUCUUCUGGAUGCUGGUGGAAGCUGUGUUGCUCUUCCUGAUGGUCAGAAACCUGAAGGUGGUGAAUUACUUCAGCUCUCGCAACAUCAAGAUGCCGUACCUCUGUGUCUUUGGUUAUGGGCUGCCGGGGUUGGUGGUGGUGAUCUCUGCCAGUGUGCAGCCACAAGGCUAUGGAAUGUAUAAUCGCUGCUGGCUGAAUACAGAGGCAGGGUUCAUCUGGAGUUUCUUGGGGCCAGUUUGCACAGUCAUAAUGAUUAAUUCCAUCCUCUUGACCUGGACCUUGUGGAUCCUGAGGCAGAGGCUUUCCAGCGUCAAUGCCGAAGUCUCAACCCUAAAAGAAACCAGAUUGCUGACCUUCAAGGCCUUUGCCCAGCUCUUCAUCCUGGGCUGCUCCUGGGUGCUGGGCAUUUUUCAGUUUGGACCUGUGGCAGGUGUCAUGGCCUACCUGUUCACCAUCAUCAACAGCCUGCAGGGGGCCUUCAUCUUCCUCAUUCACUGUCUGCUCAACCACCAGGUACGAGAAGAAUACAAGAAGUGGAUCACUGGGAAGACCAAGCCCAGCUCCGAGUCCCAGACCUCAAGGAUCUUGCUCUUGUCCAUGCUGCCCACUUCCAAGACGGUGAGAGACUGCAUGCUCCCUGUGGGCACUGGUCAGGGGAGGUGCCAGCCACCAACUGACACUCAACUCUGCCAUGCGUUGGGUACUACAUGGGAGCUGAGGGUGCCUGCCCUAGGUAGCUCAUGGAUAAAGUAUGCAGUUAAAGACUGGGGAGUUAUAUGUGUAUAUUAG